AUGGAUUCGUGGCUCAAAGGCCUCCCAGCACACAAGAAAGUCAAGCACCAGGAGCCCAAGCAGGUGUCGACUCAUGAGGUUGAAGACAUCCGCAACAAGAUCAUCGAUUUGGUGGCCAAGCUGACCCUCAAACACGACCUGGCCAUCAGUCAGCUUGAAGCCGCUACCUUCCGCACCAUCUUGAGUACCAGGGACGACCCAUACCUCAUCGAGCACCAAAACGCAGUGCAAGAGUUCAUAGCGAAGACGCAGCACUUGCACAAGGGCAACCCGGAGGGCAAGGACGCACGAGCUAACCAGACAAGAACGGAGGAUGAAGGAGAGCCGCACAUCUACGGUUGGUCUGCCAUGAUCUUGGCCGCCAUCACAGACGAGUCGGCCCCCAAAGACUCGCAAGAGAUUUUGAAGAAGCACGCCGAGAGCAUUACUGACCCCAAGAUGUUGUUGGAUCUAGUCUUCGUCUGCCGCACCAGACGCUGCUACGACAAACGCCAGCUUCGGGUGCACUUCUCUGUGCAUCCCUCCUUGGAGCCAGUUUUAGCUGCUCUCACCAAGUGCUUCGUCAACAGGGGCGCUAAGUUGAAGCGGGGUCUACCACCGAAGAGUGGGGGAGCCAGAGAGUUGCAACGCCUACUGAGUGAGCUAGAGGGAAUAGGCCUCUGA